GACGUAGCCGAAGCUGAGAAAGUCCGAAAGCAGAUUGAGGAGAAGAAAAGGGAAGCGAAGAGAUUGAAAGAAAAGGAGCAGCGCAAGGCUGCGCGAAAAGCUGAAAAGAAAGAGCGCAAGGAAGAGCAGCGCAAGGAGAAGAAAGCCAGAAGGGCUGAGAAGCAAGAGAAGAAAAGAAGUGAGUAG